AUGCCGGCGGCCCGGGCGGCCGGGCCUGCCGCCCACCCCCCUCCGGGCGCCCCGACCUGCGGCCCCUCCUCCCCCGGCGGCGGCCCCGACCCGCCGGCCCCGCUGGACCUGCAGGCUUUCCGGGAGUACGGCCACAGCUGCUACGUCUUCCGCAAGGGGCUGGAGAGCCGCUUCCAGCCCCGGGGGGCCCUGGACCGCCAGCCCCAAGUGACGGCCGAGUCCCGCUGUCAACUGGUCAGCUGGCUGAUCCCCGUGCACCGCCAGUUGGGCCUCUCCUUCGAGUCGCUGUGCCUGGCGGUCAACACUUUGGACCGUUUCCUGGCCACCACCCCCGUGGCUGCAGACUGCUUCCAGCUUCUCGGGGUCACCGCGCUGCUCAUCGCUUGCAAGCAGGUGGAGGUUCAUCCGCCUCGAGUGAAGCAGCUCCUGACCCUUUGCUGCGGCGCCUUUUCCCGCCAGCAGCUGUGCAACCUGGAAUGCAUCGUCCUGCACAAACUGCAGUUCAGGCUCGGGGCGCCCACCAUCGGCUUCUUCCUGGACCAUUUCACCCAGGCGCGGCUGGCGUCGAGCCAGGGGGACCCCGGCGAGGCGGUGGCCGCCCAGGGCCUGGCCCGGGCCCUGGCCCGGCUCAGCCUGGCCGACUACGCCUUCAACCGGUUCGCCCCGUCCCUCCUGGCCGCCUGCUGCCUGGGCCUGGCCGACCGCAUCCUCGGCCACCGGACCCCGCUGGACCUCCGGGGGACUGACCACCCGGAGACCGCGCUGCAGGACUGUCUGGACCAGCUGCGCUUACUCGUCUCUCUGAACGGAGACUCCUUGGCCUGCGAGUUGCCCCCGCCUCUCUCCCUAACAGGCCCAAGGCCAGACAGUUAGACCUCCACCCUUCCCCCUCUCACUACCUUCCACCAAAUCCUCCGCGAGAACCAACACCACCGACAGUGCCCCGUGAUUUUGGGGUUUCGUGUCCUUUCCCCAGAGAAGCCGCGUGGCUCAGUGGAAACAGCACGGGCUUG